AAUUCAGUGAAGGAACAAGACCUUGACCCCAGUUUAUCUGACUCACUUGACACUGAACUACAAUAAAAACAUUACAGUUCAACCCUUAUAAAUGAGAUGGGGAAAGCGUUGUGCAUUUCUGAACAGGAGAAGCGUCUUCACAGACUCUCCCCAAGAUCCCACCUGAGUAUAUCAGAGAUGGCCCAGAAGAGCCGCCUACCCACCCCUUAUGGAGUACCUGUCCUUGCAGUUUUACUUUUUCCAUGUCUAGUCACAGGUGUGGAGCUGGCUAUAAACAAUUGUUCUGAUAACCAAAUACUAGCCACAAAGCCUGGCCGUGAAGAGUCUCUGUGGUGUACUGUACAUAACAGCAGCAGGGCGGAGGAAUUACGCUGGUACCGAGACAGUGGGACUGUGAACAUGAAAGAUGGCAAUAAAAUGAAUACCACUAACAUCUGCAUCCUUCCAGUCUCUAAGACCGACAAUGGAGUCAGCUUUACCUGCAAGCUGGUGCGGAACGAGUCUGUUCAGAUCUCGGUGACUCUGGAUGUCCAGUUUCCCCCUCUCCUAACUGGGGAAGACCCUCCUCCAGUAGAAGAAAAGAAUGAUGUGAAGCUGACUUGCAAUGUGAAUUCCAACCCUCAAGCUGAAAUGGUUUGGUAUAAAGACAACAGCACCCUGACCCUGAAGAAAGAUCGCUAUCAGAUAUACCAUACGAGUGAGGUCUUCCAGCUGACUAUCAAGAAAGUAGAAAAAUCUGACAAUGGAACAUACACUUGUGAGGCUAAAUCUGUUCUUGGAGGGAUGAAAAAGGAGUUCCACCUGACAGUUGAAGAUAGAAAACCAGUUUUUCCCUUGGAGGCCAUUAUUGCUGCCACCGUGGUGGUUUUACUCACUGUAAUUUUUGGAAUUGUGGCUCGAAGAGAAAAAAUAUUUAAGUGCUUCAAAAAGACAAAACAAACACCAGGUGAAACAGCUCUGUGAAGAAAUCCUGAGGUUACUUUGUGCACCUAAGAAGCAUCAUCUGUAGCAAGACAUAUGCCGUUGUGUUAAGGGAUGGGAUUAGCCAU